AUGACCAGCAUCUUCAGCAGCUGGGUCGGCUCCAACAAGCUCGCCGUCGAUGUCGAACAGCCGCCAGCCGAUCCAUCUCGCAACCGCGCCCUCAGCUCCGCCUCCAAUCCCAUGUCUCCCAUCGAUCGCGCCACCUCCAUGACGCCAAAAGCUCCCUACCAGUUCUCCUCCCAGCCCGACUGGGGCAUGUCCGCCCGCGACCAUCACCGCGAGACGUCCGAAGCUACGCUCAACGGCCAGGCCAGCGACAAUGGAGCCUCAGCCGACUCGCCUGCCGUGGUGCCCUUCUCCCGCGAACCGUCGCUCAUCCGUCCCACCGCCAGCAGGCCCCAGUCCAUGGCCGGCGCCUCGGAUCUGACCCAUGAUCGCCUCACCGCCUUCAGUUCCACGCUCGGCGGCGUCGACAGCGAAGCUGCAUGGAGCGCCACCCAGCCCGAAUCGGCCAAGAACUCGGCACCACGUCGUCGCAAGAAGAUCGCCCCGCCCGAGCUUCUCGUCAUUGUCAAGCCACCGCCCAGCAAGCAGGCUAAUCCGCUCAACCUCCAGAUCCAGCUCGUCAUGCCCCAGCAGCUCCAGCGUCGCGAAGGCUCCCAGCGCAGAUCGUCCAUGGACUCAUCCGCCGCGCAUCCCGAGCUCACCCCCAGCUCCUCCAACGACCUCCGUCGCAGAGACUCGAUCACCUCGACACGAUCCGCAGGCUCCGAGAUCUCCGCCGCGGGCUCCGUAGCUUCCACCAGCUCCGGAAGACGCGUGACACCGCUCUACAACCUCAACUUCCACACCAUCCUUUCAACCACCGUCAGCGACGCCGGAACCGACCAGAAGGUGGCCAAGUACGUGCGCAAGGGCAUCGACCUCGACGGUUUCGGCGUGCUCGAGCCCGCCGAGCUCGUCGGCGGCGUCAACGAUCUGGCAACGCUCUACCGCAAUGCGGCGGCCGAGCAUGGCUCGUCCACCGUGCACGGUCCGCUUGCCUCGUCUGCGUCUCCGCGCAACGAGACCGACUCGUCCGACAGCAUCGACGAGGCGUCGGCCUUCUCGGCUCCUACGCGCGACAAUGCCGGCUUGGCUGCCGGUGCCGCACCGGGAGUCGAACCGCCCACAUCCUACCAAGCCAUGACGCCAGAGGCGCGUGGCGUCGAAGCGAAUCUGGGUGGCAAGCUUCUCGGCAAGUUUAAGCGCUUCUCGCUCAACGUGCGCCCUGCGAGCUCUUCAGGUGCAACGAGUGCAUUCGGGCCCGAUAGCGCAGCGACGCAGGAUCGCGCCACGGGCAGCGGAUCUUCCAACUCGCACAAUAUGUUUGGCCGACAGCCGAAUGAUCCCGCACGCGCGCCAGGCCACCACGAAAUUCCGCAGUUCUCGCCCGGCGCCGGUGUCGUGGAAGGCAAACGCACCGAGGGAUACUAUUGGACGGUGCGAAAGUGGAACCGCAGGGUGGCGCACGACGGUGGCGAGCACGGCCACCUUGUGAGUCGCACUGGAGCGGCGCCUCGGGCAGCCGAUGGGCAAGGCGCCAAUCCGGUCCUGGCGAGUGUGUGGAAGCGCUUCAACCUGGUCAACCGCAUGGGCGGCAGCGAGGUGCAUCCGCCAGCGUCGCAGAUCCCAGUUCGGUUCGAGUGGUCGCGCGACUCGAGGAAGUCGCGCAGCCGGCGGCGCGCCGAAGUGAUGCAGGCACGGCUGCGCGCCAGCGUCUCGCUCAAUGCGUCGGUGACGAGCAUCGAUCGUCACAUGGGUGAGCCGGCGCGCACCAAUGGCUCGCUGCAUCCGACCACGUCCACCUCGGCACAGUCGCUCGCUGUGGAUGAUGCCGCGCCGAGGCUGAGCAGCGGCGACGUGCUGCGCUCCACCUCGCGGCCGUCGUCGUUUGUGUCGGGCGCAGGACACCGCUCGCCACGCCGCUCGGUCGAUACCUCGGCCGCAGGAUCCUCGGCCCCGCACGGCGACGAUUCGGGCGACGAGUCGGAUCCAGAGGACAGCGAGACGCCCUGGAACUGCCACUUGGUGCUGGGACCGACCACGCGCAUCCCGCUCGGCACGCUCUCGCCUGCGCCGCAUCAUCCCAAGCUCGUCGGCCAGCUUGCUGUGCCCUUCCCGUUGCCCGACCUGAGCAGUACCGGGCUGGGCCCCGACGGUGCUGGUCUCACGCGCGAGGAGCUCAAGGACGUGAUCAUUGUGACGUGCCUCCAUCUCAUUGUCCGCGAGAGCUUUGGCGGGCUCGCACGACGAAGGAGCCACGGAAGCUCCGAGGCGGGCGCGGGUGCCACCGCCGCCUCGAUGGCCAAUGUCAACGGUUGGAGGCUCGCGAGUCUUCCCAAGAAGCAGUAG